UAAUCAAGUAUUUAAUGCAAUGCUUUUUUUGCUUGUCUCUUUUUUGAAAUUCAAAUUAAAGGCUGUUCAAUUGAUGGACGUUAAUCCUAAGGUUGGACCUCAAUCUGGUGGAACUCAUCUUUACUUGGCUGGUUCCAAUUUCAAUAUUGGAUCAAACAUUGAAAUCUAUCUUGAUGAUAUGCCCUGUGAUAUAAAAAAAUCCAUGAUUGCCAAUCGUCAAGUUACAUGUCGAACUUCACCUUCUCUGACUGCUCCUUAUUGGGUUCAAAAGUUAACCCUUCUUCUUGAUGGUGCCAACCUAACCUUACCACGCCCUGCAAUCGGUUCUCAUGCAUUGAUUGGAAGCUCCUUGGGAUUCAAAUGGGAUGAUUAAAUAGCCGCAAAAUGCUUGAAUAUUUGUACAUUGUUUAAACCAAAGUCUAUUUUGCAUUUACUAGAAAAAUGGAAUGACUAUUUCAUCUUGAAUGUUUAUAAUCCUUUUUCGCCGAAUUUCUUGCGCUGCCUCUUCAUUCUCAUUCUAAUCAUCCUCAUCAUUUUCACUUUUUACUCUAAAUUAUACAAAGUCAAUUUAAAAGUCAAUCAAUUUGUUUCAUCAUCAUUCAUUGUUGAUGUAAUUUAUAUUGUAAACUAAAGUCAAAGAAAAAGAUGA